UUGAAGCAGCUGGAGGAGUCAAACGUAGCUCUCGAGGAACUAAAGCAGCAGAUCACAAAGCAGGCGGAGGAACUACAACAGAAGAAUGAGUUCAUAACAUUACUCAAGACCAAGCUCGACUACAAAGAUGAAGAGAUCUCUGAUCUCAGAUCUCGAGUUGAUCAGUUGGGAAGGCAGUCUGAUAUGUGGCACGAACGCUUCAUUACUGCAAACUCAUCAUACAAAGAAAGAAGCCACUUGUUGACUACUGUAAUUAAAUACUUAUCUUUAUAA